CCUACUCCUCUGUCGUUUGGCGUUAGUUGUGUUCCUGUUGUUGAUUUAUACGUCCAUUACGCUUCUGCAGUUCUCUCUCUUACUACCUUACUGGCUACCAAACAAAGAACCACUUUUUACAGCUCUCAAAGAAAACCAAGAAAAAACAAAAAAGCCCACCAAAGUAUAUAUAUAUACCAAAACAGACUGUUGUUGGAUAGAGAACAAAAUUGAUUCUUUUUCCCCCCUAUUUGUCUGUUAUCUUCACGCAAGAAAAUCUACGUUUUUUUUUCUUUUCUUCGGAAGCGUAAACUUAAGCCAACUAUUUUAGAAAAAAGCCAGAAAGUUCUUUAUAUUUCUAUCAGUAUUCAACUGAACCUCUACCGAAACAGCACCAAGGAAAAGAAAACCAAUAAUUAUAUAAUUUAAUUUUUUUUUUAAAUUGCUUCUGCGUUGUGCUGAUCCCUUCUUUUGACUUGAAGUUCCAUCUCUGAAUGUUUUUGUCAGCAAGAUGAUGAACGAAGUAGCAAGCGCUACCGAAUUUCUGUCCAGUAUUCUCAGGACCCACUCCAUAUGUUCGGAGAAGACAGAUUUAUUCAAAUGUUACCUACAGUCCCUUCUUCUGAGUCACUAUAGAGAUCAUUGGUUCCCGGAGAAACCCAACAAAGGCAGUGGCUACCGAUGCCUCCGGAUGAAUCACAAAAUGGAUCCUCUGAUUAAAGUAGCUGGCGAGAGGUGCGGAUUUACAGAGGAAGAAAUCUUCACAUUCUUCCCUCGUGAAUUGACUGUGUGGAUAGAUCCACUGGACGUUUCUUACAGAAUCGGUGAAAACGGCAGCAUAGGAAUACUUUACCGGGGCACAAGUUCCAGUAGUUUGGACUCUUGUAGCUCGCCCGGCAACAACAACACUACGUACACUUCUAACUUCUCUUCCUCCAUCUCCAACAGUUCCAUCAUCACACCGAGACCAAACAAUAACACCAACAACAACAACACCACUACCAAUCUCACCAUCUCCUCCUCACCAUCAACAUCUCAGUCAGAGUCUAAAGGGACUGCCCUACUUUCCUCUUGUAAGGAUCAAUUUAUCAAUUCCUUACCCAUUAACGGAGAUUCAAUGAAACACUUGGCCACUUGUGUAUUUAGUUAAAUCUCCUUCCAUAAAAGAAAAAAAAAAUAA